GCUCGCCGGAUGUUAGACUCACACGUUGCAGGCGAGUUUUUGCAAUACAUCCGUGAGUUUUUGUCAAUGUAGCUUGUUGUCAUUUCUUCAAAACCUCAUAUUAUUAAAUCAGGAUGUCGGCGUCGUUGCUUAGGAGAGGACUGGAGCUGCUGAACGACGAUAUUAAAGAUGCCACCAAAGUGAAGAAGAAGCAGCAGCAGACACCCAGUUCAGCCACGGUGAUGGAGCUGGUGAGCACAAAGCGGCAGGGAGUCACCAAGCAGGUCAAACGGCUGCAGGGUCGCCUCGGUCCCGGAAAGAGCAAAGCUACAGUCAAAGACAAGAAGACGAAGUCUGCAGUGGAGGAGUUCAGGAAGACGCAGAGGAAGAGUCAGAUGAGCACUAAUCUCAAAUACUUUAUGGAAACUGGCUACAAAGCAGCAGAUUCUGACACUUUGAAGAUCCUGAGCCACAAUACAGGAAGACAGUCCAGGAAUCAUCCGGAGAAAUGCGCCAAAAAGGCCAAGGAGCCGGAGUCUUUGUUCACAGAGGAGGAGUUCCAGCAGUUCCAGAAGGAAUACUUUGGCAGGACUGUCGAGGAGAAGAAAUAAAGCGCACCGAAACACAAAGACACAGCAGCCACAUCGGAAACACCAGAACUGCAUUUUGUGGAUCACAGGUAGUUUCUGGACCAGAUUAUUCUCUGGAACUGUCACUUCACGUCUCAACAGAGGAGCAGGAGAACUCUGAGGAGAAAUGUGUUUUGAAUCUGUGCUGGUGUUAUGACUGCAGACGCACACUGUCACAUACAGCGGACAUGUGAUCAGGACAAGAGUUUUACUACAAAAUGUAAUUCUGAAAAUAUGUAACGUGACCAUAGUGGAUGGUUUAUUGAUUUUUGAUGAAUAAGCACCAGUAAUGUGGAUAUAGUGACUACUGGUGUAAAGCCAAAUACUAGAACAGGUAAGUUCAGAAAACGCCACCACUUUUCUGUAAUGCAGCCUUUUAAACCAGAAAAGACAACCCUUCUGAUAUCUAACUGUCACAUAGCACAGUAUCGAUAAAAAUAUUGAUUUAUUGAGCAUCACCUCAUAUGAAUCUUUUUCACAUAAUGAAAAUGUAACAUACAUUAGAUUUGACAAUUAAAGAUUCAGAUUCAUUAUGC